UUCAGUUGACACCACAGUUUUCCAACUCACGUUCUCCGGCAAAGACGUUAGCUCUUCAACUUCAACAACUAACCAAAUCAUGGCUGCUGCAUACGCCCCGAUGCCUUACAGUCCCUCGAUGCCCUACGCAGUCCCACCACCACCAUCCUACGCACCUUCGCCUUACGCUGCCCAAUCCGCGUACGGAGAUUCUCAAUCCGCUCCGAUCCCGUUGGCUCCGUUGGUCGUACCGGGCGCUCUUGAAGAUCCUUCCGCCGGAGGAGGUGGUGGAGGUGGUGGUGGUAUGGUCACCAAAUUCUUGGCGCUGCCACUGAUCGUCGUGCUCCCCAUUUUAAUUCCCAUCGUCGUGUUGGUUAUUGUUUUGGGAGGCGGCGGAGGCGGUGGAGGUGGAGGUAAUAAAAAUCCAGCGCUUGGUCUUCCGGUGGUACCAGGGAAAAAUGAAAAUUACGAGUCGACUCCUUACUACGACGACAACAGCUAUGGGAACGACUAUCAAGACAACAACAACAAUUACAACUCCAACAGACCUCAUCAAGGCAACAACAACCGCUACCGUCGUCAAGCGGAGACCAAGAAAAACAUUCCGGCCACAUCAUCCGCUCUCCCAUCGAUGAGCGUCGCCCAAGUCGAGCGGUUGACCCAGGUCGUCUACGCCGCAAUGAACUCGCAGGAAUGCAUCCAGCGACUCCUCUGUGAAGUCGGAUCCCUGUCCCGCUCUUUCUCCGACUCAACUCGAACGGUAACCAAAGCUGUGGAGGAAUACGUUCCAGAAAAGCUCAAAGAUUCUUACAACGUCUUCGCUAAAGCAGAAAAAUGUGAGCAGUAUAAAUGUGGAUCGCUCAAAGUGAAGAAAUAAUUUUGUCUAUUUUCUAUAUGUCAUUUUUCUUAUGUAACGUUUUUCUAACUUAAAAUAGUGGUGAGACUUUUCUUUAUCAUUUUGACAAUUUUUCACGAAAAAAGUGAAAUGCUAUUUUACAAUUACGCGCAUGUGGGUCAUGGAUCUUCAGUACGUAUUAAAUACAUCUUGCCGAGAA